UAGCAACGACGGGCAAAAUGCACAGAAAUAAGAAAGCGGCUAUUUGAAGCAACGCCGGCGUGCUUCCCGCUACAAAAACCGCCGAUGACGAUUUGCCUGCGUCACUUCCUGUUCCGCUCCAACCUUGCUCAGAUCGGCGUCAUUUUGACCGACUCUUGCGCAUGGUUUUCGGCCAAAUCUCGAAGGGCAGGAACACAUCUAAACGCCGACGGGCGGUGGGUGCCUGCCACCGGCCCCCGGCUGGAGGAUGAACACGGGUGGUGGAGAGCUGACGCCAUCCCUGAGCGUGGCUGUGGUUAGCCACUCGAUGAUGUCGGCCGACGACCUGAGUGACCCGCCUUCGAGUCCCGACAGCCCCUUUGACGACUCGGACCUGCUCUCCUCGUCCACAGUGGCCGACGAUGUCACCACCCAGCUUGCAGCAGCAGGUCCCAUUGGGGUGGCUGCAGCUGCAGCCAUAGCCACGGGAAAGAAACGCAAGCGGCCACACACCUUUGAAACAAACCCUUCCAUUCGCAAGCGCCAACAGACACGCCUGCUCAGGAAGCUGAAGGCAACCAUUGACGAAUACACGACACGUGUUGGACAACAAGCUGUGGUUUUGGCAGUUACCCCUGGCAAGCCCCAGAACCAUUUCAAGGUGUUUGGAGCCCACCCUCUGGAGACGGUGGUGCGUGCUUGCCGGGGUGUCCUGGUGGGUGAGCUGGAGGCCGCCCUAGCCCAACAAGCCCCACCGCAGGCCCAGGACGACCCAACACUGCACGAGCUGCCCCCCCUGGUCGUCGACGGCAUCCCCACGCCAGUCGAGAAGAUGACCCAGGCACAGCUGCGGGCUUUCAUCCCCCUGAUGCUGAAGUACUCGACAGGGCGGGGCAAGCCAGGCUGGGGCAAGGAAUCGACCCGACCCCUCUGGUGGCCCAGUGACCUGCCCUGGGCCAAUGUCCGCAGCGAUGCACGCUCCGAGGAGGACAAACAGAAGCAGGUGUCGUGGACGCACGCCCUGCGCCAGAUAGUGAUCAACUGCUACCGCUUCCAUGGCCGAGAGGACCUGCUGCCGGCCUUCGAGGAGGACGACAAGGACAAAGGCAGCAAGAGCCCCACACCACAGCUGAGCCAGCAGCCAGUCACCGAGGCGGCCCUGUCGGCACCCGCCGUGCGCAUCGACAAGACGCUGUACACCAGCCCGCUUGCCCACUACACGCCCACGAUGGUGCAGACCAUCAACAACCCCGACGGCACAGUCUCCAUCAUCCACGUGGACCCAGGAAGUGCACUUCUCACGCUGCCAGACGGCACACAGGCACAAGUCCGCACGGUCAGCACGAUGGGUGAUGCCGAGGGUGGCCAGGCAGUGACGCCAAUCAGUGCGGUCAACAUGGAGCUGAACAGUGAGGCUGCAGCACAAGCAGUGGCCACACUGGCCGAGGCCACCAUCAAUCACGACGGCCAGAUUAUCCUCACGGGCGAGGAUGGAACACAGAGCGCGUUCCCGGUAUCCGGUAUGGUGACCAUACCAGUGUCCAUGUAUCACGGGAUGCAAGUCACCAUGGCUCCUGUCGUGUCUGCCGAGGCUGGUGGCGGCGAAGGAACAGGUGACACAGUGGAGGUUCUAGCUGUCCCAGUGAGCACGACGCAAGUGGAUUGACUCUGUCCUGUGCCAUGUGUUGCUGACCCUGGCCAAUUGAGCUGAUAGAGUGGCAUUCCUUCGUGGUCAUACUGUGCUACCUGUGAGGUGCUGGCCAUUUUUUGCAGUGUACAUGCAUGUUGUAACAUAACGUCUUCAUUACAUGCUUGGUGUGUUUCAUAGCCUGCCCAUCGUCCCUGGAUGCUUGAGAUAAUUGCUCAACAACUUCACAGGGUUGCCACCCUAGCAGUGGCGUCAUCUCUAGUCUGCCAAAGACUCUCUGUGUGACAGUGUAUUUAUUGAUGAGCGUGUGUAUGAACUUGCUGUGUGCUUCACAUGUUGUUUGUGCACCCUGUACAGGCCUAGGAUUUAAUUUGCUUUGUGAUACGAUGUAAUAGGGACAAACUCGUUUUUCUAAGUGUACGACCUUCCAGUGACAAGAUUAUUGUAAAAUGUGGCUGUUAAUGAUUUGCAAAAUGUGUGUUGCUUUCAUUCGGAGCUCGUGCAUUGUUCUCAAUGUAGCAUCGCUCAAAGGCUAUGCUUGGUGCCCAAAUUUCAGCGUUUUGUCUGCUUGUUAAAAUAAAGCUUCUGUCAAGUGCAUGCGCCUUGCAUUACAGCCAUGACAUCGUGUACUGCCCGACCACGAACCUGGCUCUUUGUUGGAGAGCCAAGACUAAGGUGUCAUCUUACUGAAGCAGCAGUGGUUGAAUUUCUAGCAAUAAAAGAGGUUGCAGUUACUUGCAGCCAGUCUGUGAGUAUGCACUCACAGGCAGUAGAACCGUGCUUUCCCACAACGUUUUCUGCCAGUCCUGGCACAGCUGCGAUAGGAUCCAAUGCAAUGUAACGCCAUAUGAUACUUGAUGAACUGGCACACCCGAGGGCCCAGGUUGACAGCUGCGUUUGGCUACAGGAUCAAUUGCACAAUGUGCUGUGGGUGUCACCAAUGACAUGUUUUCGGUUCUCGCCAACAAAAUAGGUUUCAUAAUGGGCAGGGAUCCAACGAAAGUACUGGACAUAGAACUCUUGGGCAAGGCAAAAUGAGAUUACAGGUUAGUGAGUACACCUGGCAAGGACAAAAUUAAACACCAAAAGCAGGUGUUUGACAACACAUGAAAGUGACUUACUCAAGACCUAAAAUAUAAUUUGCUGAGUUCACAAAGCUGAUCAACGCGAAGAAAGUCACUGACAUGACACGAGGAAUUACGUUAAUGAGAUCGAGGCAGCAGUAAAAAAAGGUGGCAGAACAGCUAAACAGAAUCUCUUAGGAAGGGCCAAAAUACAGUAUAACCUCAUUGCAACAGACCUUCACUGUGAAGGGGAUUUUGGUCUGUUGUAAAGGGAGUAUGUAAAAUCCAAGUACUGUUACAACAGACUUUUAUGUAAACACUGAAUGAGUCCCUUAUAACCGGAGACAAUUGUGAGUCACAAACAUGGUCAUAUUUUUAACGGGGGACCAAAAAAAAAAUGCGAUUUUUGGAAAAUCGCAUCUUCAGUUCCUGCAGCUUAUUUGCUAUCUGAUUCCAAAAUAUCUUCGCUGAAAACUACGUAAAAGUGCUAUAAAAUUUUUUUUUGCGUCUGCCAACUUGGCUAAAAUUGCGGAAAUAGCAAAAAAGAAGCGUUUUUCAAAAUUAUAGCUCGACAACGGCGCAACCGGGCGCCACCAUUUUGAGCUUGUCGUAAAGAGCAUUUCUCCGUGUUCAAGUUCUCCAUUUCGGCUAGCUUCUCCAUUCAGUAACAAGCGUACAAAAAGCACAUGUUUGAAGUUCAAUUCAAGGCCUCCGAUUGGCUGCUUCUGCCGUGAUGCCCGCUUCAGGAUCGUCGUCUGCUGCUUGUGCGUUGUGAGGUCGUGGCUGUCAAAAGUUGCACUACUUAGUGACGCGUUCGCACUCGUUCUGUGUACAUUGGGUUGACGAUAAUUUAGAACACGUUAGUUUUGCAGCUGCAAGCGGAAGCUCAAUCAUCAGAUUACGAUAGCGAGCCGCACUCGUCACAAACAUCGCAGACAUGCGUAGACGUGUCGUGUUUUCUUCCUUAGUCCUCGAGCGCUGUUUUUCCUUCACAAUGUUGAAUCACCAACUAGCCCAAGUUUCUCUUCUAGUGACGUGCAUAGAACAUCGCAGACGUGCGACUGUAAUAGCGUUGACUCAUUGGACCCGCUGUUAGCGGUUCUUAUCAGCACUUUGGAGCUUAUGACGAAGACCACCACUGGACAACUCAUUGUACUCACAAUUGAGCAUGACGUACUUUUGAAACAUUGAGCACCGCGGCCAUGCACAUCGCAACCGAGCUUUCUACUCGAUGUCGUAGCCUAACUCCGCUCACGGUGCCGAUGUAUGAGACAAAUCCGAACUUUGCGGGCAAGAACAUGGCGCUAGCGGACAUGCAAAAGCGAAGAAGUUGCAAUGUCUUUCGUCGCAAGCAGCGAAUCACAUCGUCCGCUGGCUCCUCAGAACCGCGGAUGGUCAUUUUGCGCAUCGGCAGCGGACCCCCCCCGGCCAAGCUCACCGCGCAGCGACCGCUCAGAGAACCAGUGGUAAGCUUCCCAAAAUGCAACACGAAGCACGCUGGGCACCAACGUUUUUUCGCUACAGCUAGGCAUGUAGCUGAUCAUUGACCGGAGAUCGGCAACUUCCGUUCUUAAAUCAGUACGUCGAUAUCCGCGGCGCGCUGUUCCCGUCCCGAAAGUAUGCUAAGCGAUGUUUGAAGUCGGAAGUGAUUGAAUUUGGUAUGUCCGUGGUAGGAAAUUCUGCUCUGAAAGAGACAUGACCCCGUUGCUGGCCUGACAUUUUAAUCAAUUAUAUCCGUUGUACCAGAAUCCGUUGUAAACAAAGCUUAAUCAUUGGAACAAAUACAGAGGUCGGCAUAACGCGCAAAUCGGUAUGUAAUACCCGAAUGUCUGUUGUAAACAGAUCCGUUGUAACGAGGUUAUACUGUACAUGCACUAAAAGAUAAGUAGGCAAUAUUAUGAUGAAGGUAGCUAAAGAAUUGUAUAUUUGUAGCUGCACAGUUCAUGGAUAAGCCGUGAGUGAAAUCACGGUAGAACAGGACACUUCGAUGGGUAACUACUGACAUAUUUGGAAAGGCCUUACGAAAAAGUAGCCAGAGAAGACGGCAUGGCUGUUGAUUUGAUCAACAAUGGAGAAGAUCUUGUACUUAAGAUACUUGCAGCACUCUACACGAAAUGCCUCGGAUGUGCCAUUGACCUGAAAGACCACAAACAUCAUCCCGAUAACACACAAGAAGGGAGGUGUAAAAGUACUGAAGACUACUCUCAGAUUUAUACACUGUGGGUCACAGCCAUGUGAUCAGUCGGGUUAUCUGCUGAGUGCAUGAAAGCACCUAGCAUAACGCAAAGGCACACCUGCGACCGGCUAGUGCAACCUACCCAUCACCACACAGAAUCUGCUCGCAUCACCAUCGCGCUGUAAAAUCAGCUGAUGUUCGUGCACAUUCUAAUUGAUUCAGAGGUUUGCGACUGAAAAGUUCAGCAGCAUGUGUCUGAGCCAAAGCUCACCAACUUGUUGCACAACCUGUGCUAGCCACAGGUACAAGCGAGCACUCAAUCGCCAGAGUCUACGCUACGCUACAGUGGUGCCACACCACUGUAGCGUAGCCUUUGGAAGAUGCAACCCUUGAAAGAUGUUUUUUCCAAAACAUCUUUCAAAGGUUGCACAUUUAAAGCAUUUUGAGCAACGAGUCGCGCAAAUCCAAGAAUCUAGGCAUGUGACCAGGGCGUUUCCAUAGUUUUCGAAUGUUGAAGGGUUAAUGUACAGACAUUGCCAACAAGAUCAACGCGGGAAAAGGAAAGCAGCAUUGCGGAAUGUCGGUGAUUAACAUUUCAGACCUCGAUUAGGCAGUGUCACAACCCGUUAAUAGGGAGGCAAUCGCCCGGCAGAUUCUUACGGCAGAUGUAUCGGCCCCCCGAAACGCACCACGAAAGCACGGACAAUAGACCUUUUUCAAGCACAUGAGCGCCACCAACGGGCGCGCAAGCGCUCAUGGGAAAUGUGUGUACGCCGCAGCAGCCGCCGCGACGAGCGCGCAGGCCUCGCACUCUAGCUUUCCGCUUGCGCCGUGCCAGGACUUUUAGACACAGUGAAUUUGGCAAGGUGCAACAUGUUACUGCGCAAUUCAACCACGAACUUCAGUGUUUAGCUGGGACGGCCUCUCGACGAUUUCCAUCUGUCCCACUGUUGGACCAGUUGAGCGGCUCAGAAGCGUCACCUUUUAUUUAUUUUUAUUUUUUGGCGCAUGUGCGCCUUACGGCAUAAAUAAAAAAAAUACAACUCGGUUGCCUUUGAAGUGCACGAGCGGUCUAUGAUUCGCGGAUGCAUUUCGAAUGAACGUCCAUCGACACUGUCGACGAGUACACUGUGAGUUCUGAUAUUUAAAGAGUACACUAGAAAGUGAAGUCGGGUUUGGGGAAAUGAUAUUCAUUGCGUCGCUCGCACCUUAUGUGUAACGAGCGAUAAGUGCCUACUAACCGUCGUUGGUGCUAUAACUACAGAUUGGAAUAAUACUUACAGCGAAAAAAGAAAGGAGCAGUACAAGGAAGGAAAUGCACAAACCAGUGCUCACACACAACUGAAAGGUUAUUACACGCAUGAAAAAAAGCAUAUAUACAAAAAUGGGAGUGCGUCGCGCGUGUCAUAAAGAGGAACAAAAAGUCAAACAACCAAGGCGCGUGCUUACAUUCGAUUAAUAGAGCUGAAUUCCUUGUCUUGUAACGAC